AUGACAGCUGAACCAUCCAAAGGUUGUAUUGCAUGCGGAUGGACUAAUGACCAGCAAGAUCAAUGCUUCUAUUCAAGCCAUGUCAAAUUGUUUUAUGGGGCGAGCAGGCGGGGUGUUUGGUCGAUUGGGUCCGAGGUGAUUAUGAAAGAACGUCCCGACGAGGGUCCAAAGAACGAAGUGAAAACGCUACAAUACCUUGAAAGCUAUCCUGAAAUCCCAGUCCCAAAGAUCUUACGUGAUUGGGUGGAUAGCAAUGGGCGAUAUUUUGUACUCCAAGAACGGAUCCAAGGACAAACACUUGAGCAGGCUUGGCCCUCACUGUCAGAAACUCAGAAAGUCACUAUCGCCGACCAAGUCAUUGGUGUUCUCAAUCAGCUACGACAGAUCACGUCGAAGUCUAUUCAGAGUGUCGAUCAAAGUCCUUGCUUCCCUAGCUUGCUUUUCUCUGACAGGGACUCCCAUGGACCUUUCCACUCAGACCUUGAACUCUGGGAAGCCAUAAGCCUUUCACUUCACAAUCCACCUAAAAUAAUUUUUCCUCAUCAAGCUUUGGAAGGCUUGAAGGAACGGCUGCCUAAGUGUGAGCCCUAUGUCCUCACUCAUUGCGAUCUCAACUUGGGCAAUAUUAUAGUCAAAGAUGGAGCUUUGGCUGGAAUACUCGAUUGGGAGCUUGCUGCAUAUUAUCCUGUGUGGUACGAGUAUGUCUCGGCCUCUUGGGGAUGGACCGAGGAGGAUGCUGAGUGGAAAAAACUACUCCAAGAGCGUUUCAGUGUGCAUGGUGAUUCUCAUGACGACGCGAAGAAAUUCUGGAGGGAUUUGCGUCAAAUGAGAAAGUACCCAAAUCUCGAUGCAAAUGGCCAAGAGGUCUUGGAGAGAAUGCUUUGA